AAUGUGUACAGGGCUCAUUAUGUUACUUUUUUAUUAAGCGAAUACAAAAUGUUAUAAUGAAAUAGCUGUUUAUAGGUAUUAUACAUAUUGAGAAAUACACAUAAUAGUAUGUCUAGAACUGUCUAAACUCGAUAGAUAAAUAAAUUGCCGCUGCAGCCAGAGCCAACGCGUUGGCCCCAAUGCAUUGGCCCAAUGCGUACAGGGUCCAUUACGUUAAUUUUUUAUUAAGUGAAUAAAAAUGUAUAUAUUAUAAAUAUUUAUUUAAAUACCCAUACUAUGUUGCAUAAUUAAACUGUAAAAUAUUAAUUCAAUAUAUUGGGUACUUAACUUUUUUUUGGUUUGGUUCGAGUCGAGCUAACGCAUUCUUUUGUUUUAUUUACUACGGAUAAGAUGAAGUGAAGGAAGUGAGUGAAGUGAAAUGUUCAUUUCAUUUCUUAAAGUUGGUUUGGUUGUUUUGAGUGUCGUGUAUUGGUAGUGUACUUUUGUUUUCCUUGAUAGCAUAAGUACAUAAUUUAAAUAAAUAAUCCUUCUUAAACUCUGCAUCUUAUAAUUGAGAAUAUGGAAGUCUCUAACGAAAUAAAAGAAGAUAUUCGCAAAACUCAGACUGAUUUGAAAAAUGCAAUUCGAGUUCAUCAGGUUUGGGUCGCUCGUCUUCAGGACGACGAAAACAAUGUGGUUAUAAAAACAAAGGUAAAGGAGGCUGAGAAGGAUAUUAUUGCGAUUGGACAAGCUCAAAAAUUAGUGGUGGAAAGAUUAAGGAGGGAAUUAGAACUUUAUCAACAGCGCUUGAAAGCUAGAAACAAGCAGGUUAACAUUGAGACGGACAAUCACUAUGUAGCGCAGCAAUUGCGUGAACAUCAGCUCCAGUAUCGAAACAGAAGCAGAACAAACUCAUCAGUAUCAUUAUUAAAGCCAUCCGUACUCACUGAAAUCCGUAUCACAACAACAAAUAAUCAAGAAGAUAUAAAAGAAACAAAUAUAUCAGAUUCUGAAAAUGAAAUCAAGUCAUCCAAUGAGAAGGAAAAUUCUAAUCACAGUGAAACAGACAACAAGGAAAAGUACAGGAACUUUUCCCAAUUUCCCAACACAGUCAAUGACAGCCGCAACAAUUUCGUGAAUGCGCUCAAUAAAGUCAAACAGGCAUUCAUUGGUUCCAAAUUACAAGAAAAUGACUGGCAAGAACGUAGAUCGGACUCUGACUCUUCUCCAGGUGCUGAGCCUUCCCCCACACCUUCUCCACCACCGUUACCAGAGCCUGGACAACCUGUAUCACAAGAAACUUUCAUGAGACUUAUUGGGUUAGUGACUACAGCCCAAAGAGAUAUUCUAUUGAAGAAACGCAAUGAACGUCGCAAGCGAUCCACUACAUGUACAAAAAGAACUGAUUUCUUGUAUGGAAAUUUUGAUAUGAUACCUAAACGUAAAAAAUAUAAUCAGUUCCCAUAUCUACAGUCGCAUAGUGAACCACCGCAAACGCGCUCUGCUAAACAGAAAAAACAACAGGGUCCAAACAAAUCUUCGCGUGAAGGUUCACCAUCAGGGUCGUCCACAGAAAACAAAGGUUGGAGCAAUAACAAGCCGGCGUGGGCCGCGUCAUUGCCAGCCGGGCUGUCAGUCGAACCUGUGUAUCCGUCGAAUAAAAAAGUUUGUCACGGCUGUGGAAGGAAUGACGUGACAUCGCUGCUGGUGUGGUGCUCGGGCUGCCUGGUGUGGCAGCACACGGGCUGCGGCGCGGACGGGCGCUGCUGCCGCUGCGGCGCCGCGCUGCCCGACCCCGCGCUCGGUGGCGGCGACGGCGGCGCCUGUCUCUUCAGAGAUAAAUUAGCUGAGCGUAAACGCCUUCAAGAGAAAAACAUAGAGCUUUGCGUAGAACUCCGCAAACUGGAAGCCCGCGCGGCAUCAUUGACGAAAAACUUGAAAGAGCACAAUGACGAGAAGAGACAACUGCUGGCCAAUCAGAUAAAAACACAAAGGAACCUGCAGAAACUUCUAGACUUCAUCAGCCAGUUCAAGGAGACCUCAAUUAGUUUACGCUCCACGUCCGCCAGCGAUACUGGCAGCGAAUUGAGUAAAAGCAAUGAAGAGUAGAGUAAAGUGUUGUACUUUUGCAUGCGUGCUGUCCUGUAUAAAACUAAGUCAUGGUCUCAAUUAAUAUUAAAUGUAUUAUAGAUCUAAAUCGUUGUAGAAUAAGGUUUAGUGAAAUGAAAACACUAUUUGUGCCACUAGUUAAUAUUUACAAGUUUUGUAUAUGUCGCAGAGAAAUGAGGAUAUCAGAGAUUUCACGAAAUCCCUAGGUAUACCACGAAAUCACGGAAGAUGGUGAAUAUUCCUAUUUAAUACAUCUUCUUGCUAAAAAAUUAUUAGUGAUAUGACAAAAUACUAUUUCAAUCUAGUGAUAUAUCAUUUCACUCAUCUAAAUCUAGUGAAAUAAAGAAUGAAAAAGGUUCGUGCUAAGUCCUUUUAAAAGUACUUACAUAAUUAUUAACCCAACCUAACCUUUUUUUUACGUGUGGAAAGACCUUCGUCUACCCGGCCGGGUACGGGAAGCCGGACGGGUUAUGUGGGGCUUGAACCUACUAAAACCACACGGUGCCAUCGUCUACCGCUUCGUUGCCAGGAGCAUGGGCUGCCCUCGCUCAUAUUCGUGACGCGGCGGCCGCUUCCACGGCGGCUUUCUUCCGCUCCCAUUUGUGUCCGUUUGGGUAGAGAGAGGGAGAGAGAUACAUUGGACUAUUUUUACUCGGAGGUAUCCGUUUUUCUAACAGUUCACUAGAUUUAAUUUAGUGAAACGAUAUAUCACUGACUAUUUUAGUAAGAAGGCGUCAUAAAUAAGAAUAUUCAACAUAUGCCGUGAUAUUCCUAGGUAUUUCGCGAAAUCUCUGGUUAAUUCAUUUUCCGGCAACAUAUGUAUAUACUAGGUACUUACUUACGUAAAAGGAAAUUUAUGUUCUUCCAAAAAAUGUAUUUUGGCAAAAAUAGUUUUUUUUAAUCAGUUGAUCAAGAUUUAUUUUUCUUUGAAUUAAAUAAUAAAAUUAAAAUAUUAAAUUGAUUGAAUGAUGAUUAUAUUUUAAACUUAUUAUAUUUUCUCACCUUGUGAUUAUGUGGUCGGAUGUUAUUCAUGAAAUAAAUUAACACAUUUCCGUAAUAAUUUAAAUAUAAUAUUUAUUUAUUUUUUCUUCAAAUACAUUUUAUAGGUUUCUAAGAAAUAUCUGCUCCUCAGAAUCUGAUCACUUGUCCAAAAGCCACAUAUUUUUUAUAUUUUCGUGCCAAGUUGAGGAUUUCCUGUAAUGCUUUUGAGUUGAGCUCCCUAGACAAGACUGACAUUAAAAAGUUAUUUUUGUCUUUGUCUAACUUGACUUCUUUUGCUUCUUACUUAAUAGAUAAAAUUAUAUAUACUAGGUAUGUUAUAAUUACAACAUGUUUUGUUUGAUUAUAAUAAAAUAAGACUUUUACAAACAGGUGGAAAUUUAAUGAAUUUAGCGCAUCAUUAGAAAACCUAUUAUAUUUUAUAAGGCAAUGGAUACGGGCAAAUAGAUUUACGCCUGUGUCAAUGGAUUAAUAUGUAAAUAACUCAUAUCAUUGUUUUUUUUACAAAUAUUUUUAUCGGCGAAAAUUAUAUGGAAAUAAGUACCUAUAUUAUAUUUUAGGUAAAUCAAAUUUGAUCAACGGAUAGCCAAAAACAAAGUGUUCAGUAUUGUUUCAAUGUAGUAGGUCUAAGUGUAUGUGUAGUUGACUGUAUUAUUUUUCCUUUUUUUUUUAUUACGUUUCACAAUUAGUUAGAUUAAAGAAUUGACAUUAGAGUUCUCUGUG